AUGGUUGCACGACCGCCUUUGAAAACAUCAGGUCAUUGGACUGCCAAAAGAUGGGGGACCUUGCUCUUCAAUUUUAGCGCCGUGUCACUCAAAUGCAGCACUGGGCAAAUUUUUGGUAACCACAACUAUCAGAAACCAAGAGUCACUUUAACCCCCGAUGUUAGUGGCGAGAUGCCUCUGGGAUACGAAAAUGUGGGAGAUUUUCAAUCACCUGAAUCAUGCUUCGUGACCUUUUCGGUCAAGGUUAAGUACAAGGAGCAUCCCCUACAUGAGGAAUGGCAGCUAUGUGCCACUGUGGAAACAAAACCAAUUUUAUCACGUUUCGAUACGAAUAACCAUGAAUACACGACGUGUUUGUUGAAACAUCUGGAAAAAUUACCACUGUACCUUAUGAGACGAUGGCCGGCCUCUACCCAUCAUGAGGUGCCGGUGCGCCCUCAAAGUGAUUUCAUCCCAUGCACGGAAACUGACAUAGGUGAAGAAACAUGUGAAUCUCCCCAGUGGAGCCAUAUAAUGGAGUCAUAUGCAUUUAAAAUUGCAAUAGAUACGGCGGUGAUAUACGACGGUAAUGUAGUUUACGUGGGACAUGGUCGGCGUCUAUUAAGUGCAAAAGAUUUAUUUGGGAGACGGAUUGCUUUUGAGCUUUUCGGUGAUUCCUGUAAUAAGGAUGAAGUUUCAGGGGUUCUUGUGUCUGAUGCCUGCGUAUUUGUUAACGUAAACAUCAAGGACGUUAAAUUUAUACCGUGUACUGAACGCUGCGAAAACCCCCACGCACCUGAUCCGCCGCUGCCAUCUCCGGGAUAUCGUCCUGAUUACCAGGAAUAUGGAAAUCCCCAGUGUUUGGAAGAAAACAGUCCAAAUGACAUAUGUGUAACCGUGCCUCAACAAGAAAGACAAAGCAGCAGCGGUAUCCCAUUGUCUAGCGAUCGAACGUCCGAUUCGGAAGCAGUGCCACUGAAGGAAUGCAUAACAUAUCACCUAGUUCCAUCUGAUAUGAUUGGACCACCCUCACAAUGUGGAACAGCAAAUGAUUUAUCUGCUGUUUAUGUGGGCAGCGACCCGAAGUAUACGGUGUCCGUAUUGGACAUAAACAAUGUCGCCAACAAUAUAAGCAAUAGGCACAAUAUGGACGUAGCUGCUCACACAAAUCAAGAUGAUAUCGUAUUGAGUCAACCCGACAAGGCAAAUCAUACGGUUAGGGAUGGUAAUGAAUUGUCUAGCCCAAUCAGUGACACCCCUGAGGAACCCCACAUUACACCCGGGAGCCCAGAAGAUAAGGUGCUGGGAGAUGCAACGUUAAAAACCGAAGAAAAUGACGAUUGGACGUUUAGUUCCCCUUUUAGUUUGUUUUUUGGGGGUGAGAGUCAAGAGCCUUCAACGCAGCAGGAUUCUGAGGUUUCCAGACCUCGAGCCAAAUUAGCAUCGGCAAAUGCACGUAAAACGACUAAAUCACAGGGGUUAUUGACAUCUCCAAUAACGGUUAAACUGUCGCAAAGAAACCAACACAGUUUUUUACUAAAAAUUGGUCACGCCCAACGUAGGUCAGGUCACUUGACCCUGGACCGUUCAACCGGAUUGAUUUUAGACGGCAUAUUUGACGGUCUGGCUACAAUUUUUAAACGUGCGUCUUGCAGCUUCGCUGUCAAGCGCAUAUGGAUAGAGCCAAAAGAUGUGGGGUCAUUUGUCUGCGCUCUCACUAUUCCUGACAAGGGUGGUAAUCUGGAUUACGCCAAAAAUUUAAUGAAACCGUUUUGCAACUUACCUCUCGAUGCCAUAGGAGAUAUGGCUAUUUUGUUAAGUGCUUACAGCUCCAACGAAUCAGACAGUUUACAACAUAACAUACUGAGGGAAAUGUUUAUGGACUUAAACGUUGGGUGUGGAAUGUCUGUGUAUGGCUGUAUCACGGGAAAUAACUUAGACGAAGUGAAUCCAUUCGAUGGGCGGAAACAAUCCCCCAGUUCAUCAUGUCUACGUGCGACCCGAUCUGAAACUGCUGUAUACGGCGACGCUGCUUUGUCCGAUACCUUAGACACCACUUCAGAUGGGGCAAAAGCUAGGUGUGAAAGCGAGCGAGACACAAUUUCACUCGGGUCUUGGAUAAAUACGAUAAAAAAGAUAAUUCUUGAUAAUGAAGCAGGCACCAUACAGAUAACGUCGCCACGCACAACCCUACCGAUCAACACGGAUCAAAGGUGGGCCAUUAUGCUGAAGCAAAUGUUGGAAAGUAUCAAAACAGAUGAAAACGAGGAAACAUGCAGUGAUGCGAUUAAAUUUAUCUGGCCUAUGGCGCAAUAA